CAACUUCGUCCAGUGUACUUAGAUUCGACUAUAAAUUGCCAAUUGAUAUAGCUAAUUCCCAUUCCCGUGGAUUUUUCUGUCGCAUACACACACCCAUGCGACCAUAAUGGCUUCCCCCAAAAGACAUGUUUAUCAUACAAUUAUACCUUCACUUCAUUAUCAAUAUUCAAUAUCGGCCCAAUGGUUGAGAUAUAACUCGCCCAUGCAACUUUACUGGGCUGUCUUCGGGAAUUAUUGCGCGCCAAGGGACAAUACCUUCGCAAAAGUCCUCCAGGGUACAUCUCCCAAAUCUGCUAGGAAAUAUGACUGCACAGCAGCCAUCUUGAUAGAUCCGGGUCGUAUCGAUAUCCUAGGGAAACCAUAUUUCCCUUCUGGAUAAUUUGCACAAUCCCUUCGACCUCUGUGCUCGG